CAAAGAAUUAGCCAAAAAUCGCGUCCGACUGCUACAGAGAGGUGUUUAACGGUAAUGAUCGAGUUCAGUGUUCGCGUUACUUUCGGCUCGUCGGAGCUGGAAACGCGCUAGAUCACGGUUACGAUGGAUCUUUUGAAAAUCACCUAGAAUUAAACUCACAAAUACUACAAUCAAAGCAGUACAACUGCAAUAUGGAGCAGUUCGAGCAACUGCUAACCUGUGCCAUAUGCUUGGACAGGUAUCGCAACCCAAAAUUAUUACCAUGCCAACAUUCAUUUUGUAUGGAGCCGUGCAUGGAUGGUUUAGUUGACUAUGUCCGAAGACAAGUAAAAUGUCCAGAAUGUCGAGCUGAACACAGAAUUCCGUACAAUGGUGUUCAAGGAUAUCCAACAAAUGUAACUUUACAGCGCUUUUUAGAAUUACAUAUCGAGAUCACAGGAGAACUUCCUGACCCCACCAGUGGUCAAGUAAUGAAACGUUGCGGAGUUUGUUCAGAAAAAGCAUACGUGACACCAUGUGUUCAUUGUGAUAAAGAAGUAUGUGUAGAUUGCAAAGGUGCUCAUAUGGACAUAUUGAGACGGGAAAUAUCAAGAAUAAAUAAUCAGGUAAGACGUGCUGUUCACAGAUUGUCUGACAUGCUAGCAGGCGUAGAGAAAAAUAUGUUAACUUUACAGUUAAAUUGUACAUCUGUAUCUGAAGAAGUAGAUGAAAUUUAUAGUAGACUAACCAAAGCACUAAAAGAUCGUACAGAAAAUAUUCGUGGUGACAUUGAUCGUUAUUUGACAACAGAACUAAAAAAUCUUAGUAAUCUUAAAGAUAAUCUUGAAAUCGAAAUUUCUAAUAUUCAAAGUAAUUGUGAUCUGGCUGAUAAACAUAUGCAAUCAGAUGAUGUAGAAUGGGAAGAUAGUGAACUAAUGGACGCAAAAGAAAUAUUCCUUAAAACUGUAGAAUUUAUCAGAAACUUUGAGACAGAAAUAGGAGAUUACAAUAGAAGAGCUAAAUUUAUUAUGGCUCAUGACCCUAAUCAGUUGGUGAUGCACGUUGCCGGCUAUGGUGAUCUUGUAAUUCAAGCUCCACAUCAACCAUUCACCUCGAGCUCAAACACACUUCAACCUCCAGGGCCAGGACUAAUGAGAUCCAAAAGCGAUCAUCGGUUAGCUUCUCAAUAUCGUCAAGAAGAAAGAAACACUUACGACGCUGGAGGUGAAAUAAGUGGUAGAGUAUCACCACUUGGUGGUAGAAAAUUCGGUGAGAGAUACCCAAGUAGGUAUUCUCGGGGAGACAGAAAUGAAUAUGACGCCGAUUCAUCACAUGAUAACGAAAAUAGAAGUUCUGCUCGAUCUAGAAUUAGGUCUCGCUUGAAUAGACAUGGUUUAGGUGAUAAUACAGAUUCUGAUACAGACACAAGAUCUGUACGAUUUUCAGAACCCAGUAUAGUACAUCGGGAAAGAGAACGCGUCUUAGACACGGAAGACGUUGCUAAGGGCCCAUUGAGUGGUAUUACUAGACUGUAUGAUUCACCUAGAGUGAUGAAAAGAUUACAAGAAAGUGAGAACAAAGAAAAGAAAGAGGUAGUUAUUCCCAAAACUAUAGUUCAAGUUCAACAACAAGUACAUCAGUUCAAAAAACCAUCUCCUCAACAAACCCCUCAGCGACAAUUAAGCGAAGACGAUGAAAUAGCAAGAAUUAAACGACAAAAUAAAACAGCGUCUACAUCUUCAGAUAAUGAUCGAAAAGAUAGAGUCAGUGUCAUUAAACGAGAAGAGUCCCGAGAUUCAAAUCGUUCAAAUACUCCAACGGAUAAUUCUCGUAAAUCAGCUGUUGCUGAAAACGCUGAUACAGUUGAAUCAUCCGAGAGCGAAUCUGAAGAAGAAGUAGUAGAAACAAGAAAAUCAACUUCAGUUUCUAAACCUGGAUUCCCACCAACAUCAUCUUCAUCAACAGGGUCGAGAAGAUCUUCUAUGACAUCAGGUAAUAACCAAAAAAUAAAAUCAACGAGGUCAGAGAGUAUGGAAAGUUCUGGUUCUUCUGAAACUCCUGGAACUACCCCUCGUAAAAUUUCGGGAACAUCAUAUCCUUCGGAUGAAAUAAAACAAUCACCAGUUGGCUCUAGAUCAGGAAGUGCAACACCUCGUGCACGUUUUUCUUCUAUUUCUUCAAAAAGGGAUUCGUCAACACCAACGAAUUCUAGAAGUCAAAGUUACAAUACCUCUGGUAACAAUGAAGGUUCGUCCAGAAAAGAAGAAAUUGAAGAUGAAGAAGAAGACGAAGACACUGAUACUUCAUCAGAAUCGUCUGAAACUGAAUCAGAUGAAGAUUCUGAAGAUUCAAAACCCAAAACCCCAACAACUAAAGCAAUGGAAAAAACAGAUAUUGGUCCAUUAUUGGCAAGAAGUGCCAACGCAAGAGAUAAUAACAAUGGUGGUAGUGGGAACAAUUCGAGAAGACCUAGUCAAGACGAAUCGUACACUAGAUCACGGUACGGCACUGGCGGGUAUAAGUCAUCGUCGUCGUCGUACCAGAGUCCAAAAGAACCUGACACGACCACAAGUGGUAGUAAGUACCUGAACAGAACUACCCCACGCUUCACUAGCAGAUUCUUAAAAAAUAAAAGUAUAGAAGAAGACCCUAGCAAAUCGAGUUAUAGCAGUGAGAGCAAAUACAAUGACAAGGGGUUAUUACGCAGUAGGACCAGUACUAACCUUGAUGAAGACCUAUAUCAGGACGAUCCUGGCACUUCUCCAUAUUCCUCAUCAUAUUCUAAAAACCACUAUGGUUCAGACUUAUCCAGAAGUCGAUCCAGCCAUGCUUUAAAAUCUCGGGAAAACUCACCCGAUAGGCCUGUAACUAAUUCAGGAGCUGCAGAAAAAGAUGGUACUUCAUUGAGCUCAUGGGCGAGAUAUCUUAAAAAUAAAUAUGGAAAUCGGAAUAAAGAAAAUUCAGCAAAAGAGAACACGUCUUCUUCCUCUGCUGUUGCUUCAUCUAGUACACCAUCAAGCUCAUCAGCAGCUAGACGCAUAUCCCUAGGAGUAGGAUCGCGAUCCAAUUCAACGGUUGUCGACAGUUCAGAUGACGACCAAAAAAACAUGCAAAGCUCCCCCGUCUCCCGUACAAUUAUCGAACCAGGUAUGCAGGGCGUAGGUUCUACCCCUAGAGUUCAGUACCUGCAGAAAAGACAAUUGUUGUUUAAAAUCGGAGGCCGGGGGAGCGAGCCCGGAUAUUUUACAUGGCCAAGAGGAGUUGCUGUCGGUCCAGACAAUCUAAUUGUCGUUGCAGAUUCCUCUAACCAUAGAGUUCAAGUGUUUGAUAGUCGCGGUAGUCUAUAUAAAGAUUUUGGAUCCUAUGGAAAUAGCGAAGGUGAAUUUGACUGUUUGGCUGGAUUAGCUGUUAACCGAAUAGGACAGUAUAUCAUAGCUGACCGAUACAACCAUAGAAUACAAGUUCUAGAUCCUUCAGGGAGAUUUUUAAGAUCGUUCGGAAGUCAAGGUUCAAGUGACGGUCGAUUCAAUUAUCCAUGGGGAAUAACUACAGAUGCUCUUGGAUUUAUAUAUGUAUGCGAUAAAGAAAAUCAUAGAAUUCAGGUAUUCCAAUCAGAUGGAACAUUUGUAGGAAAAUUCGGUUCCCAAGGUAACAAAAUCGGACAGCUUGAACAUCCACAUUACAUUGCCGUAUCUAACACGAAUCGAGUUAUUGUUUCGGAUUGCAAUAACCAUCGAAUACAAAUAUUUGAUGUUAACGGUAGAGUGAUCAGUUCUUUCGGGUCUGAAGGAUCUGAAAAUGGGCAGUUUAAAUUCCCAAAAGGAGUUGCUGUAGACGAUCAAGGGUACAUAUUAGUAGCUGAUUCGGGUAAUAAUCGCGUGCAAAUAUUCCAUCCAGAUUCCACUUUUCUACGAGCAUUUGGCUGUUGGGGAUCUGGAGACGGAGAAUUCAAAGGUCUAGAAGGUGUCGCAGUCAUGUCUAAUGGGAACAUAUUAGUGUGCGAUCGAGAAAAUCACAGGGUUCAAGUUUUUUAAUCUUAGUUAAUUACAAAAUUCCAGAGAAUUCAAAGUGUACAUAAUGUACUUUUAAUAGUAAUUAAAUUAGAUCUAAUAUAACUUCUUCGUUCAGCUUCUCAUUACCAUAGAAUAAAUUUAAAAGAAAAAAACUAUUACUAUCAAGGCAUUGUAAUAAUAAUUACAAUUUACUGAACUGUUUUUUAUUUGUUGUUACUUAUUUCGUUUUAUAUUUAACUGUAUUAUUUAAACUAAAUUUAAAAAUAUAAUAUAAAACUACUUA